AUGACUGUUGAUCACAAAUCUGCGCCGGCCGAGUUGUGGAGGCAUCCGAACCCUUCCUCAACUCGGAUGUACAAGUUUCUAGAGCAUGUGAGGUCUAAGUAUAACAUUGACAUCAAGGACUACCCAGACUUAUAUCAAUGGUCUAUUGAGAACAUCUCGGACUUCUGGGAAGAAGUAUGGCAUUUCUGCGGCAUCAAAGCGUCCAAACCUUACUCUUGCGUCUUACCAGAGAAUGUGUCUAUGUUCCCUAGGCCGGAUUUCUUCUCGGGGGCCCGCUUAAAUUUCGCGGAGAACAUCCUGUUCCCGGAGAAAGCAGACGUUACAGAAUCUUCAGUAGCUCUUAUAACCGCCACUGAAGUUGAAGGACAACUCGUUUCGACGACAUGGGCCGAGCUACGGGAGGCAGUUCGCCAAUGCUCCAAUGCCCUAAGGGCCGUCGGUCUGAAACCCAGAGACGUAGUUGCUGGGUUUGUCUCCAAUCACAUGCAGGCCCUCGUGGCAAUGCUAUCAGCAACCGCGAUUGGAGCCGUAUGGACAGGAAUCAGUCCUGAUAAUGGCGUGAGUGCCGUACUGGAUAGAUUGGUUCAGAUUGAACCCAGAAUACUCUUUGCGGAUAACGGCUCCGUUUAUAAUGGUAAAUCGUGGUCUAGCAUAGAUAAGACAUCGAAAAUCGUCGAUGAGCUCAAGUCUAAAGGCCUAGAACUUGUCGUCGUGAUAAGUAACACCCCAGAUUCCGGCUUAGGACUGGAUAGUUUAGGCACGAAAGGGGUUGUGGCCAAGGAGUAUGAAAGCUUUUUGAAGAGUGGUGAUGACACCCCUCUAAGAUUUGAACAACUCCCGCCGUCUCACCCGCUAUAUGUCCUGUACUCCAGCGGCACGACCGGCCUUCCGAAGGCCAUAGUUCACACGGCAAUAGGCACGCUGAUUCAACAUAAAAAGGAGCACUUUCUUCACUGCUCGAUGGACUCAGCUUCAAGAAUGCUCUACUAUACCACUACGUCCUGGAUGAUGUGGCAUUGGAGCAUAUCGGCUCUUGCUUGCGGCACCACUUUGAUUCUAUAUUCCGGCUCGCCCUUCAAACCACACGGGUUCCUUUCGCUUCCCAAGCUCCUCUCCUCGUUACGAGUAACUCACUUCGGCACCUCGGCCGCUUAUCUCACAGCACUAGAAACUAAUGGCAUCUAUCCUGCUCAGUCGCUUGAUCUUUCACCUCUACAAGCAAUCUACUCUACAGCCUCGCCCUUGCCACCCUCGACUUUCUCUUUUGUCUAUGAGGCAUUUCCUGCUCAUAUCAACCUAGCUUCUAUUACUGGUGGGACAGAUAUAAUUUCUUUGUUCGGGGCUCCGUGUCCCUUGCUUCCUGUCUAUGUUGGCGAGAUUCAGUGUGCAGGCCUCGGGAUGGCGAUUGGCGUCGUGGACUCUAUUAGCGGCACUCCGACACCCGGCGAAGACGGGGAAUUGGUGUGUACGAAACCGUUCCCUUGCCAACCUCUAACCUUCUGGGGGGCCAAUGGCGAAGCCAAGUAUCGUGCUAGUUAUUUUGAACGUUUCGAUGGCAUAUGGCAUCACGGCGACUUUGUACGGAUCGACACACACACGGGUGGCUUGACUAUGUUGGGACGUAGCGAUGGCGUCCUCAAACCAGCAGGCGUGAGAUUCGGCAGUGCAGAGAUAUAUAACGUGCUGACGAAGUUCUUCGGAAGCGAAGUCGAAGAUGCGGUCUGCGUUGGCCGAAGACGAGAAACGGAUCGCGAUGAGACGGUCUGCUUGUUCGUCCUCAUGGCCGAGGGGAAGAAAUUCUCCCCUGAGCUCCGCGAGAGGAUCACGAGUGCCAUUCGGAAGGAACUAAGCCCACGACAUGUUCCUACUGUGGUAGAAGAGUGCGGAGGGGGUAUUCCAAAAACUGGAAACGGGAAGAAGAUCGAGGUCGCAGUCAAACAGAUCCUAUCCGGCAUCAAUAUCAAGACGAAUGCCAGCGUUGCAAAUCCCGAAUCUCUAGUUUGGUUCAAAGAAUGGGCAGCCACGCACGAGUAA